AAAAAAGAGCUUUUCUUCUCUCUAAAUCUCUAAUAAAGCUAAUCUAUCUAUAUUUUCUUGCUUUUAAUUAUUCUAUGGACAUCUUCAUAGGAAAAAAAAAAACAAAAAAAGAAAAUGUCUGUAGACCGUAGUGAGUUAGUAAUGUAAUAGAAAAAAGAAAAGAAACUUGCCACCUAAUCUCAAAUUUAUGCUUAAUCAUUUAUCAUGAAUAGAAACAGAAGCUCUCCCUGUCUCCAUGAUAGUGGGUUGCCACGUUGGGUAGAAAAGAUUGAGAGUUUCGUUGGACAACUAUGACCCGUUCAAGUUUCGACGACCAAAUGGCUGAAAAUUGGUGGAAGCUUCACUAGGGUGUGGUGGGGUUGUAUUGUAUUAGUGGUUAAAGGAUUCCCAAUUUGGAGAUGAAACUCAGGGCUGCUCUGUUCCCUUCCUUGGACUGAUUCGCCGUCAGCUCUAUUAGUUUAAUUCUAUAACUCAUCAGCUAGUGUGCUAAUUUAUUGCUACUAGCCUUGAAAUAAUUAAAGAAUAAUUAAGCUAUGAGAUGCGAGGAACCAGACACGGUCAUCCACAUGUGGCAUGUGUAGAAAAGAUUAGUCAACUAAGAAAAUUGAGGCAAGGAGCAGAACUUAAAUCAAGAAAAUUUCUUCUGGCUGGUGGCUAGGUAUUUAACAUUGGCUUGACAAAUGACAGAUAGUUGCACAAAACUCUAGGAGAUUGGCGUGGGCAGCGGGGUGCGUUGGGCUUGGGGUUGGGGCCCGAACAAGAUCCUACAUCCAUGUAAACAAAUGAAUUCCCAUGAAGGGGCCCAAAGCACAAAUAUUUUCUUUUUGCUUUAAUCCAUGCAUGAAACAAGUUUAUUCAUGAGAAGACAUCAAACUACUCGAAAUAAAAAGCUUAAUAUUGUUAAAAUUGCCUUGUUUCUCUUGGACACUAGUCUUGAUUCAGUCAAAAAAGAGCCCUCAAAAUUGUGUAGCAGACAGGCACAUGGACACAAUACUAAAAAGCAACAAAGAAGGUUUUGAGGAGGAGAUGCAUUGCUUCUUCUAAAUUUCAAUGCCCAUUUCCAUAUAUUACAUCAAUCUCAUAUCAUAAACCACAAAAAAAAAAUUUGCGUAUUUAUACUAUACAUUGGAGAAAUGAGCAAACUCUUCUUCUAACAAAAAUUCCCUAUUUCUAAAACCUAUGCACCUAUGCUAUAUUCAUAUCUCAUAGCACAAAAACCCACGUUAAUUCAAGGAACACUCCCAACCAACACUACACAAAUAUCCCCUAAACACACUUCCUUGCAAAUAGGCUAACACACCCAGCUUUUGUCCUUGCAAGCAAGACAUUAUAAAGAAGAGAAGACCUAGAAAGGGAUACCCACUAUUAACAGCCUUUCCAAGUAUCCAUACAUGAUACAUACGUUCUCUUUAUACCCUUUUGGUUCUUCUUUAAAUGCUGUUUCACCCUCUCUAAGAAGACCAAAUGGAAGAAUGGGCGGUUCGUGGUAGAAUAGAAUAAGAUCAAAAACUAACAUUGCUGACCACGGGCAGUUGUGAUUGUUUUAUUUUCUUUAGUAUGGUGAAGGGGAGGGCAUUCUUUAUUGGGUAUGACAUUCCUUGUGAGCUGCUGGUGAGCUAAGUUAGUACCCAUUUGGCUUCUUCUCUUAAAUCCCCAAACAGAACCUUGGUUUGAAAAAGCCUUGUAGAGUUGGCCUUGAAUUUGGAGUUAAAAACUAAAUAAUAAAAAGGCGAGAGAGAGAGAGAGAGAGAGAGAGAGAGAGUUUUUGUGUGCGUGUGGGAGUUCUUUCACUUGCAGUUGCACUUGCACUUGCAUUUGCACUUUAUUCUCUUCUUCAAAUUCGAUACUUUGCUCGGCGUCCAGAACGAGGUUUUUGGUUAUCUUGGAAGCUCUCUCUUCCUCUUUCUCUUUUUAUUUCUCCUACAUUGUAUUGUUCUACUCGCGCAAUCUCAUAGUCUUACUUCCACGCAUCAGUUAUCUCUGUCUGUUUCUGGUUUUAAUUGCCUGCCUCAGUUCUCCUCAUUUGUUCUGUUUUUCUCUGAACUGGACUCAGGAGGGGAGAGAAGGAAGAAAGCCUGAACCGGGCAACUGGGUUUCUUGGAUUUUACCUUGUUUAUAAAGUGCCUGGGAACUGGGACUUUCUUUUGAUCCCUCAUUUGUUUUCUCUUCAUUAUUUGAGGAAGCAGAGCAUUACCCAUUUCUUCUCUUCUUCUCUUUCGCUUUAAUCAUUGAGUUUUCCCCCCACUGGUUUUAGCAUAAAAUCAGAGCGUUCUUAGAAACUUAUACUUGGCUCUUUCCAGAAAACUUCGUUUGUAGGAUUCUUUCUAUCUCCAACAUUCACAUUCUAUUACGAGCGAAACCCAGAAGACAUCGAUUGAUAGUUUAAUAAAGAGGAAUCGAAAUCGACAAUUAUUGCCAUAAAAAUUUGGAAAGCUUUAUGAAUUUGUGAAACAAUGAGAGAUGGGAACUCGAAGAAAAGCAAGCUUUCAUGGCCCAAGACACUGGUCAAGAAGUGGUUUAAUUUCAAGAGCAAAGCUGAGGAAUUUCAAGCAGACGAUAUCGUUUAUGGAGGUCGUGAUGAAGAUUGGAGGAGCAACUUCUCAGAGAGAGAGGCAUGCACCAUCAAGAAAAGCAAGACAGAUAGAUUGAAUAAGAGGAACUCUGAUCAAGUCCGUAGAAGUAAGAUGGACAUUGAUGCUGCACAAGUCACUGAUGUUCACAAUUAUAGGAUUUUUGUAGCAACAUGGAAUGUGGGUGGAAAAUCUCCACCAAGUUAUUUGAAUCUUGAAGAUUGGCUUCAUACUUCUCCACCUGCUGACAUUUAUGUUCUUGGGUUUCAGGAAAUUGUUCCUCUGAAUGCUGGCAAUGUAUUGGGUACAGAAGAUAAUGGCCCAGCCAGAAAAUGGUUAGCUCUCAUUAGGAAGACUCUAAAUAGUCUUCCCGGUGCAAGUGGCGGUUACCAUACUCCUUCCCCCAUCCCUGAUCCAAUUGUAGAAUUGGAUGCAGACUUUGAGGGAUCGACAAGGCAGAAGGCCUCAUCUUUCUUCCAUCGACGCUCCUUUCAAUCAUUGAACCGCAGCAUGAGAAUGGAUAGUGACAUGGCAAUGCCACAACCUAGACUUGAUAGGCGUUUCAGCGUCUGCGAUAGGGUUAUCUUUGGGCAUAGACCAAGUGAUUAUGACCCUAAUUUCAAAUGGGGUUCAUCCGAUGAUGAGAAUGGACCUGGGGAUUCACCUGGAACCACCCAUUAUUCACCUAUUGACUACAGUGGAUCCUUCUCAUUGGAGGACAGAGAUAGGCAAAUGGGGCAAUCAAGGUACUGUUUGGUUGCCAGUAGGCAAAUGGUUGGAAUAUUUAUAACAGUAUGGGUAAAGAGUGAUCUCAGAGAUGAUGUUCGCAACAUGAAAGUGUCUUGUGUGGGCAGAGGACUGAUGGGUUAUCUUGGAAACAAGGGUUCAAUUUCAAUUAGCAUGUCAUUGCAUCAAACAAGCUUUUGCUUCAUCUGUAGUCAUUUAACAUCUGGACAGAAGGAAGGAGAUGAGCUUCGAAGAAACUCUGAUGUCAUGGAGAUCCUUAGGAAGACGAGGUUUCCCAGAGUUCAUGGUAUGGGAGAUGAGAAUUCCCCUCAAACAAUUCUGGAACAUGAUCGAAUUAUUUGGCUUGGGGAUUUAAAUUAUCGUAUUGCCUUGUCUUACCGUACUGCAAAGGCUCUUGUAGAGAUGCACAACUGGAGGGCAUUGUUAGAGAACGACCAGCUUCGGAUAGAACAGAGAUGGGGGCGAGUCUUUGAGGGAUGGAAUGAAGGGAGGAUAUAUUUCCCUCCUACAUACAAGUACUCCAAUAAUUCAGAUCGAUAUUCAGGGGAUGACAGGUAUCCAAAGGAGAAGCGAAGAACCCCUGCAUGGUGUGACCGUAUAUUGUGGUAUGGAAGAGGCCUCAAUCAGUUAUCUUAUGUACGUGGUGAAACGAGGUUCUCUGAUCACAGACCAGUUUAUAGCAUAUUUUUAGCUGAGGUUGAGUCCAUAAAUCGUAGCCGAAUCAAGAAAAGCAUGAGUUGUUCCAGUUCCAGAAUUGAGGUAGAGGAGCUACUGCCGCAGGCACUUGGAUGCACUGAGCUCAAUUUCUUUUAGGAGAUGGCUUCUGAUUCUAAUUCUGAUUCAUGCAAACAUGCUCAAGAUAAUUGAAGGAUGAACUGCUUCACAGUCAAAAAUUCAUUAAAUACAAGUUCUUUAGUACCGAAUGCAACCGCUCAAAAUUUUUGUUGGUUUCCUCAUGACAUCAUGUGGGCACUAUGGAUAAGAAACACUGCCUUGGUGAUAGAGACAUUCAAUUGCCUAAAAUCCAAUAAAGGUAUAGAUUGUGUAUUUUUUGUCAAUAACUGCUGAAUAGAAAAGAUUGCAACUGGAGUACUUCUCACACCAUAAACAAAGUGCUAAUUUGCAAAUAUAAGCACUCCUGGCCUGAAACAAUUAUGCGUGGACAUAGCAGUAAAGUUUUUGCAGGAUAAGAAUUGCCGAGUUCAAGAGUUGCUGUUUGCAGGUCUAAUUUUUUGAAUUCAAAUUGUGAAAAGAAAAUAAAUAAAAUAAGAGAAACAUCUUCUUCCAAAAUCAAUGCUGUUAUUUUAUUUUUUUAUUACUUUGUACUAGUCUAGAAAAGAUUAGUAACAGAAGUGGGUGGGGGAUGUGAUAGCUACUCAUCACAAAUUUAAAGAGUUGAAGUUGCUAUAGAUAUGAAGCUUCUUUUUUCUGUUGCUACUAAUGAUUUUACUGAAAAAGAAAAGUAACUUGAUCA